AUAUGAUCCUAACUAUGACCUUGAACAAUUCAAAUUGUCUGAACUACUGAUGGAGAUUUUCGUCGUAUUUUUCUAUUUUCUUGUAUUCCAAUCGCAAAUCGUUGCAGUGAACGUGGCUCUGGAAAAUCGAAGUCUUCUAGAAAAUGGUCCUGAAGUAGUUAGUAUCUCGUGAGUCAUGUUUUUCUCACUUCAUUGAGUAUAGGUCGGAAUCAAAUAAUGUAAGCACCAGCAAUGAGUACGUUUCCAAUUUUCACUGCCUCAUUCGUAACUGCUCUUAGGUCUUCGUUAAAUGUACUGAAUUUUCAGAAGUCUAAAGCACCAAUCAUCCCGUCAAAUAUAGAUGAUCUUCAAGUCAAGGAGCAAGUCGUUUCCGAGCCAUUUGUUUCGUCUGGUAGUCAGAAACCUGCAAGUGAAACGGCUUCGGGUAGUCAAACCUGAUCAUGAGGUUGUGAAGGGAUCCAUACUAACAGAAUUACCGUCUUUGGAUUCAGUAGCUGCAGAAGGCAUUAAUACGCAUGAGAUUCCAACUUUCAACGAAUUUCAUGCAAUGGUUUCAGAAGGAACACAGUCUCGUAAAGGCCAAGCCACAGAAUUCGGUGAAGACAGAAUUGCUAACUCACAAUACGAUUUAGAAACUGAAAAGGGUGCAAAAAAUGCACCAGAUCAGACUCUGGAGAAAGUAUCGCAUGCACACACAGAUUCUAAUCCAAUUAAAAUCUCCAAUACUCAAGGUAUGCACGAAGCGGCAAUAGAUGACACUAUAUCAGCAGACGGUGUUAGUUUACCUUCUGAUAAUGGUAAACCUGAUUCUCACUUGGAACUACAACGUCAGUCAUUAAAAGUGAAUUCCAAUUUAUUGCCUGAUAUGGAAAUGAAUUCAAAAGGGAAUUCUCAUGUUACUCCGCAGCCAAUAAUCACCACCACAAUAACUGAUGAGGCGAUUCAUACACCGAGCAAGAUUGAUGUAACUUUGCGAAGAAAUGUUGCUGCUGUGGCGUGUGGUGCAAAGAUGUUGGGCUCCAGUAAAGCAAUUAAAAAUCCUGAAGCUGUACUUAAUGAAAAUAAUGAUGAAUACAUGAAUGUCCCGUGUAGCGAAGAGAAAUGGUUAAUCUUAGAAGUGUGCCAACCCGUUCAACUAAGGACAAUCGAAUUAGCUAAUUUUGAACUAUUCUCAUCACGUUUGAAGUCUUUUAGAGUUUACGCUAGUGAUCGAUAUCCUGCAAAGUCCUGGGAGUUGAUCGGAACAUUCGCUGCUCGAGAUGUUAAAGGUAUCCAGUCUUUCAGUGUUACAAGUGGGAAAAUGAUUAAAUAUGUUAAGUUUGAAUUAACUGAACACUAUGGAUCAGAGCACUAUUGUCCACUAACCAUGAUAAGAAUAUUUGGUUUAGGUUCUGAUGAUUUGGAUGAUGAUGACGAUGAUGAUGAUGCUGUUGAAGUUGGAGUGAUGAAUAUACCGGUAACGGGUAACCGUGAGCCUGUUAUUGUCGUCACAAACGUGAAAGAUCAACCGCUUAGUUCAGAUCAUUUCCCUAAUGUUGAAAGUGAAGCAGUUAAGCUUGACAAUAAGACAGACGAGGGAUUUGAGAGUACAAACACUCGCAUGGAUGAUAUACAUAGUGCCUCAGAUCCGAGUAUUUCAUCUCAACCAACAGAAGAUGAUAGUCAUAUUCCAUCCUUUAAUAAUGAAAUCAAUACUAACCUACUAUAUAAUCAUACAAAGUCUAUCAACUCUGAAUAUGUUGCACCAUUUUUACCUUUAUCAACGCCUGAACACAAUCCUAAUGCUGUUCAAAAUCAAGCUGAUAUGAACAUGGAUUCAUCUAGUGAUCAUUCAGCGAUGUUCAGUGCAGACACUUCUGCCAGUUCACCUCACAUUCAGCAUAAAGGUGCUGUAGAUUCUUCAAAAGGCGUCAAAAAUCUACAUCUUUCCAAAGAGACAAAUUCUGGGUUCUGUCGGAAUGACAAACUAUUUCAACUACUAAAGGACAAACCGUACUGUCCAGUUACAUUUCAUUGUGAUUAUUACUACUCAAAUCAUGGAAAGCAUUGUGCGCCCAAUUGUCAAACAACGAAAUUGUCAAAUCCUGCCGUCCUAGCUUCUCAAAAGCCUCACAUUCCUAAAGCGACAACAAAGACUACACCAAAGGUACCUGUUGUGGCGCUCAAUCAUGGAGUAGUGAGUAUUUUGUCCAAAAAUCGAACAGCAACUAAUCGGAGUUUGCAGUUGCAUAAUAAACCCUUCAGUCCACGUGUUGAUGAAAUGAACAUAUUCUCUCGGUUAAUAAAUGCUGUAAAAAAUGCGGUGUUUAAUGCAAUCUCACCGUUUUUCUCAUCCAUAUAUGACUUUAGCACAGAUUAUGAUUCAAGUUCAUAUGAUGUUGUACCAAAAUUGGAACACUAUUUAGCAGUUGGUUAUCUUUUUACUCAACAAGGCUUUUCCGAUCCUUUAUGCAAAGAUUCACUGAUAUAUUUGAAAACUGAUCAAAUUGAAGGUUUAUGGCAUUUACGGACAUGUUUAUUACUAUUGAAUAAAAUCUAUGCAGGAGGCAAUACUCAGUCGUCUAAUACUGCCUAUACACUUCUGUCAUGGGAGGAUGCAGCUGCUGCAUCUCGGUUAAAUGAAUGCCAUCAAGCUGCUAAACAAUUGAAUUUAACACUUUCACUGCAUUCUCACUUGUCUGGAUAUGAAAUAAGCAAGAGUAUUAUGCAUAUGUUUAUUGCUUAUCAAAAUGUCAAAAGAAAUAAAGCUUUAAACAGGUCAAAAGCUAUUGGUUCCGAUAGUUUUUACUGGAAUUUUCUGUAUGAUGAUGUUCAUAAUAGCGAUGAUUAUAUUAUGAGUUGUCAGCCACUCGAUUGGAAGUUUCAACAAUUGAAUACAAUCCUUUGGAAUGGUAUCAUACAUAAGUGUUCCAAGUUGCCAUUAUUCUUACUCUCAAGUGUUUAUAGCAGUUCGCCACCGUUUACAUCUGAUCCAGUCCAUACGAAUGAUGUUGAUGACAAUGACGAAAAGAUGUUGGUUACAAAUUUCCAUUCUAGUGAUGACAUUGUCAUUGGUAUGAAUCUUAAAUCAUCUGAUCAUCGUUUAAAAACACGUAAAAUUGACCGUCAACAUUCCAGUAAUGAAGCGUUAGUUGUUCCAGCUUCCUUAGGUGGAUCACAAGGAGCUACAGCUUAUAUGCGUCUCAGUAAUCGUGUUCGUAUAAUUGAGCGUAAUGUUUCAGUUAGUAUGAGAUACUUAGAAGAACUUAGUCAGAGUUAUCGUCGCCAAAUGGAACGUCUAUCACGUUCAUUUAAUCUCACCUAUGCUUGGUUGAAAUUGACAGCUAGUGGUGCUGAAGAACGUGAUCGUCAACAACAAACAUUCAGUUUAGUCUGUCUACAUUUGAUUUUGGCGUCAAUAACCCAUUUGUUUAUCUAUUGGACCUGGCUUAGACCACAAAAUCAUAAGAUUACAUUUGACACUGAAUUAUUCUUAUCCUCAUUAUAUCGAACAUUAUGCUCGAAUAAAAGUCAUCAAAAUUUAAGUAAUAUAGUUAUAUACUUCAAUCCAUGUCAUACUCGGAAAACUCAAGCCACAAACAACCGACUGGUUACUACUUCUCCGCUCCCACCUUCACCUACUGAUGAUUGUGUAACGCAUGAAGUUGAACAGGAUGAAAAUAAUGAACAGAAUAGAGGAGAAUCUUUGGGAAAAGCGUCCAUCAGUAAUCAUACAGUGUCAGCUUGCUGCCAGUUGGAUAAUUUUUUGCAAUGUUGUCGUUGUAAACCAUCAUUAUCAGCCUCAUCAUCAUCGACUGUUCUGAUUGGUGGCAAUUCCACUGAUGAUUUUAUACAAACUGAUGUCAUUGGAAACAAUUAUGCAUUAGAAGAAAAUACUAAAACAGCUAACAAUGAUGAUCAUUCUACAGAGCUUCAUGAUAGUGGGGUUAUCAAUCAUAAGUUUUCUGAUAUAUGUGGUAUUACGUUGAUUCAUCAUGCUCACAACUGUAAAGUUGGCAUGCACUUGUGUGAUUCAAAGAAGGACUUGAAGAUAUCGUCAAAUUUCAACUUGGUUAGUGACAAUAAUUCACCUUCAGUUGAUUGUAUCAAUGUCGCACUACCGGGUCAACCUAUUUUAUCCAAGCAGUGUAAUAGACAUCGACAAUUUUUAUCGUUGCCUGAAUUGCCGACAACUUCACAGUUAGAUCAUUUAAAAUUGGAAAGUGUGAUAUCGAAGUGUGAUGAAGACUAUGGUAUGGAAUCUGUUUGUCAAUUGAGACAUAAUGAAUUGAUGAUCUGUCCAAAUUCUCUCUCAAGUAUGCAAACAAAUGCAUCGUCAUCAUUUUCAUUAACACCACCAUUAUCACUCUGUGAUCAUAUCGGUACAACUAACAGUAAUGAUGUCAAUGAUGGCAGUCAUUUACAUGAUAAGACACUUGGACUAACCGCUAACCAUCACCAAUCAGCAGAGAAUUCUAUUUCAACUUGGACAUCAACAUUUCAUAAGAGGAAUACACGACCUAAUAAAAGGCGCAGGAAACGUUUAUCAGAAAUUAAUGAUAGUUUGUGUAAAUUCUGAUUUUUCUUUUUUUUCUUUUCUCUCUCUCUCUCUCUCUGUUAUGACCUCUUUUAUGUGUAUAUGUAUUUCCACUUUGUGUUAGGGUAUAUGAUCUACUCAACCUCCUCUUCUCUGUCGUGAUACACUUUUGGGGUGUCAUCAGUGUUUGUUUGUUGUUGUUUUGUCAAAACUUCCACUUAUUUUUUACACAAGUAUUUAAUUAUACGUAAGAUGACUAUUGUUCGUUUGUUUGCAUAACUAGUGCUGGUUGAUUCCUUGCUUGUUUCAGUGAAUGCGUUUAUUUCAUCCGUUUCAACAGCAGAAAAGAAAAAUAAACUUUUAUGCAUAUCAAAUGUGAUCCAGUUGAGAAAUGAGUAUACAUAUUAUAGACAAAUAUUUUUAUAUUUUGUUGUAAUUUAUAGGGUUUAAAGUUCAUUAUCUUUGUUCAUCAUCCACUUUCCACUUAGCUCAUAUCUGAACAACUAUUUUACAAUGUUAGUGUGCUUAUGUUUGUUAUUAUUGCUGCCACUGAAAGAUUUAACAUUCCCUUCAAUCUCUCUUACUGCAUUCUUUUACCUGUCUGGUGUGUAUGUAUGUAUGUAUGUAUGUGUGUGUGUAUAUAGAAUGGCUGCCUAAAUUGUAUAUUCGACUUUCUAUUCGUUUAGGCGCGGAGUGUCACAAAGAAGCAACUGUAUCCUACCAUUAUUUGUUACUGCUAUAUGUAUAUGUAUAAAGAGAAACGAUCUGUGUUUGACUUUUGUAUGCGUGUCGGUGAAAUACAAAACGGUGUAUAUUUUGAUC